UUGUUUCAAUCCAGAGGAAGAAGGGAUUUUAUGUGGCAGGGUCUGAUGGUGGGGUGGAUGUGAAGGAGGAGUGUUGGUGGAGGCAGAACUUCCUGUCUCUCUGCAUCCUAACGCACUGUGAGAAGCGCGCACUAAGCAGCAGCCUCUCCGAGCAGCAGCUGCACGGGAGCACCACGGGCAGCAAGUCGUGAUGUUUUCACUCCGAUAAAAAAAAAAAAAAAUAAAACUUCCACAAAUUGUCUGUUUUAACAUACUUUUAUGAAAAAUCUGGAUAAAUUUGACCUUUGAGAGGAUUUCGCGGAUGCACAGAGCGCGCAGGGUGCAUCCCAGGGUGUAGCCGCGGCGGUUCCCGUGCGCCUUUGCGCUGCUGCCAGUGCGUGCCAGAGAGAGCCAGAGAGAGCCAGAGCGAGGCGGAGGAAACGCCGGAGUGGCCGAUCAUUCAGAAGGAUGCUGGAAGGCAAUGCCUGCAGAAAGAGAGGAUGAGAUUUGUCGAAAGGCGCUGGAACUGCUGUCCGACCUGUGCUCCAAGGGAGAAGUGCAGGACGACAACUGCCUGGAUUACAUCUACCACUUCAGGGACCUGGCCAGACCGCGCUACACGGACUCAGAUGUUUCAGUGAGCCUGCUGUCCCUGCUGGUGACCACCUGCGGUCUGGCUCUCUUCAGCGUCUCCCUCUUUGUCUCAUGGAAGUUGUGCUGGGUACCACUGAGCGGCCGUUUCCUCCCAGAUGCCCUGAAGGGGGCACACUUCCUGGGAGGGGACCAGCAGCCAGUCCUAACAGAGGUGGAUGGGGAGGAGAGGGAGUACAGUGAGGAUGGCUGCAUGAAGGACACCUCAGGUCCCCCAUCGGCUGUGGCUGUUCCAGAGUCAGCCUUGAAGAUAAGCCACACAUCCCCAGACAUCCCUCUGGAGAGCCAGACUAAGUUGGAGAAAAACCAAGUUCACACUCUGGCCAGGGACCGGGUUCAGAGACAGAUAACUGAGCCCACCUCAUCUGUACGGCACAACUCCAUCCGCCGUCAGAUGAACUUAUCCAACCCUGACUUCAACCCCACCCAGUUUCAGCGUCAGGACUCGCUGUCCGGUUUGGGACGCAUCAAGCCGGAGCUCUACAAGCAGCGCUCGGUGGAUGCAGAAGACGGCCGCAGGACAGACAGCUGCGGACGUCUUCACUUCAUACUGAAAUUUGACCUUGAUCUGGAGCAACUGAUCGUGAAGAUCCAUAGGGCUCAGGACCUUCCUGCCAAGGACUUCUCAGGGACCUCUGAUCCAUAUGUUAAGAUUUACCUGCUGCCUGACCGCAAAACAAAACACCAGACCAAGGUGCACCGAAAGACACUCAACCCAGUGUUUGAUGAGGUGUUUCUCUUUCCUGUUGCAUACGCCGAGCUGUCCAGCCGUAAGCUGCACUUCAGCGUUUAUGACUUUGACAGGUUCUCGCGCCAUGACCUGAUUGGCCAAGUGGUGGUGGACAACUUCUUAGAUCUGCCCGACUUUCCACGGGAGACAAAACUGUGCCGGGACAUACAAUACGUCACCUCGGACAAUGUGGAUCUUGGGGAGCUGAUGUUCUCGUUGUGUUAUCUCCCCACUGCCGGCAGACUCACCAUCACCAUGAUCAAAGCCAGGAACCUCAAAGCCAUGGACAUCACCGGAGCCUCAGAUCCAUAUGUGAAAGUGUCCUUGAUGUGUGAAGGACGGAGACUUAAGAAGAGAAAGACCUCAACAAAGCGCAACACACUCAAUCCAGUCUACAACGAAGCUAUUGUGUUUGACGUCCCUCCUGAAAACAUCGACCAGAUCAGUUUGCUUAUAGCAGUUAUGGAUUACGAUCGGGUUGGGCAUAAUGAGGUCAUCGGGGUGUGCAGGGUUGGAAGUGAAGCUGAAAGUUUGGGGCGAGAUCACUGGAACGAGAUGCUUUCUUACCCCCGAAAACCAAUCGCACACUGGCACCCGCUCAUAGAGUGGGUUGGACAGGGAGCAACAGUGAGCGGAAGCCAAGGAGGAUCCACCAAUUCGUUGAAGACGCCACCGUCACCAUGAUGACACUGAAAAAAAAGUGGCAGAUUUUGCAAGAUUGAGUGACCACAUUAGUUUCAGUAGCUGCACUAGAACUGAUGCGUUUUUAGACCGAAUCACAUGAAAUCAUAAGUUUACAUUCCAGAUGAGUGACUUCAGCGCUGUUUGUUUGUCACAGAACUUUUUCUGACUGCUUUGUUAACAGAGUGAAAUGAUCUGACAGUCUGACUUUUUGUUCUUUUUGGAAGACUAGCAGUCGGUGGAGCAAAACCACUCCUAUUUAGGUAAAUGUGUGAAACCCUGUUGUGUGAAUGAUGCUGCUGUCGAGGGUUUGCUUAACUUGGAGUCCCAUGAAAGUUUACAUUUAAAAUGCUGUUUUAGGCGAUCUUUGCAAACUUUGUGUUGUGUUGCUUUUAAGGUUUAUCAUACCCUCUGAGGCAGAGGAGACUGUAGCUUCUAACCUUAAGGAGCUUUUGACAGGAAAAUGUCUAAAAAGCUGCGAGGCAGAAACAGUAGUUUAUUUGGUGCAUGGUUUAUGUUCAUGCUUUGUUUACAGCUCGAUCUUUUUGUCCUCGUUUUAUCACAGGUUCAGUUCUAGUUGAUAGGUUUAUUAUAGUUUAAUAAGUGGGGUUUUUAAGACUCAACAAUGAAAAAAAGAUCUAGAUGUUACCCUUUUUUUAUAUUUGUGAGAAAAAAAAAGUAAAUGGAUCAGUCCUGUCUAGUAAAUUACUCGACCUUGCUGCUCUGACUCCUCAUUCUCCUUCUUUUAAAGAUAUCUGGGUCUUUUCCAGCCUAUCCUCAGUUUUACUGUAAAUGUGUCAGGAAGAGCAGCUCAUGUUUAAACUAAAAACAUCGGAUCAAUUUAAUUCCAUGACAUAGCCAAAAGGGCAAUCACUUUCCCCAUAAGGUCCAGAAGGUUUGGGCAACUUUCACUCUGAAUAAAUACAACAGAUUAACUAUAUUUACUCAUAAGAAAUCUGUGGGAACAUUUGUUUGAGCUGAACCAUACAAGUGUUACAUAAAUGCUAAAAAUAAAGACAAAAGAAGAAUGCAAAUACUUUGACAGCACUGUGAGGCUGUGUGGGUAAUCAUACUCGGAUUGAUGGAGAUCCAGAGUGCCUUUUAUCCAUACAGACAGAAGUCCUGCAAACACUGAAGCUGAUGGUUCUGAGGCUUGUGAAUUGACCAGGAGCUUGCUCAUAUUUGUCCCCUUCCACUGUAAUGAUACUUUGUGUAGCUUCAACAGGGACCCCUCCCUGUGGAUGUUUAAUUAAAACAAUCACAAACAACGACGCCCGUUGAUAGAAACAAUGCAUGUUUUAUUUUUCUGACUCAUUUUUAAAAUCUCUUUGCUGUGAGAUACUAACCAUGUUGUAAACACGAGGUGUAUUGUGAACCUGCGGCAGACUGUAAAACCGUCCAUUCAGAUGUGACUAAUAAAACCUCUUUAAAUAGC